AUGCCCCUGCGUCCUUUGACCAUAUCUGGAACAUUCAUUAUAAUCUCAGACAUGAAUGGAACAGCUGGCGCCUACUCAGACCGAAGGCCCCCCAAUCCGUUGAGGGAACGCACCCGGGAAGAACUCAUACGAGACGUCCACAAUUUUUAUGAUAGGCAUAAACUCAAGAAUGAUGAACUCAGGGGUGUUGAGCUCAAGGAUGUGGUUGAUGUCGACCUUCUUGUCAAGGGAGCGCUCAUAGCCCGGGAUUCGGCAGCUGUAGAGACAUGUGGCCUGACAGGGCCCCAGAAGCUAGCUAUCACAUCCGAGCCGGAACUGGGGCUCUUUCAGCAGACGAAGGAGCUCAAAGUGAUCAUUCUGACUACCGCAUGCGCUGCGAUUAUCCAAGGCUGGCAACAGUCAUCCAUCAAUGCCAGUUCCCAUGGAUGGCAAUGCGACCUUCUCGUCAGUCCAGACACGACAGACGACGUCGUAUCGUCGUCUUGGUAUUAUAGAUACAUUGCUUCUUUGACUGAUGCAGCACCAUGGAUAUCAGCCAGUAUCAUCUUAGGCACCGCUCAUUGUCCUUCAUGGCAGACACUCUUGGCCUGUCGUCUACUCCUCGGGGUGGGGAUUGGUGCAAAAGCGUCCAUCGCCCCUGUCUUUGCAGCUGAGGCCGCAGCAGAACACCUCCGAGGCCGUCUGUUGAUGAUGUGGCAGCUAUUCGACACAUUUGGCAUCUUUGUCGGCUUCGUCUGCUACUGGGUCUUCGACCGCAGCUGGCGGGGAAUUCUAGGCAGCGCCGCCGUUCCAGCCCUCAUCCUCCUCGUCCUGGUGUUUCUCUGCCCCGAAUCUCCGCGGUUCCUCAUCCGACAGGGAAGAUACGCCGACGCCUUCCUCAGUCUCCGUCAACUGCGCGGCACCGACAUCCAAGCCGCCAAGGACCUGUACUACAUCCACAGCCAGCUGCAAAUCGAAACCGAGUUGUUCCUGGGCCGGCGACCCGAGCAAUGGUGGGAAAGGGAUUUGUAUCAGGAGCUUGUCCAGAGGCAGAACAUCUUCCAACGGGUGGGCGCGCUGUUUACAGUUCCGCGCAAUCGGAGAGCGUGCGUGGCUGCGUUCCUGGUCAUGGCCGCACAGCAGCUUUGUGGGAUUAACGUCCUUUCGUUCUACUCGUCGGAUAUCUUUCGAACUGCUACAGGAACGGACGGCAAGCGACUGGAUUGUUCCCCUCGAGGAGAUAAUGAGCAGGUUGCUUGGCUCAACUUUGGAUUCGGACUGGCCAAUUUCCUGUUCACAAUCCCGGCGUACAAGUUCAUCGACUCGAGAGGCCGCCGAAUCCUCCUGCUGAUCUCGCUCGGCGGCAUGUUCUUCACUCUUCUGGCAAUCAGCGGCUUCUUCCGGAUCACGGGGGACGACAGCGCGCGCAAAGGCCUCAUCGCGACCUUUUCAAUUGUCAUCUUUACGUUUUUCUACGGCAUCGGCGCUGGACCCGUUCCGUUCACGUUUAGCGCUGAAGUGUUUCCCUUAGCUUUUCGCGAGGUGGGCAUGAGCUUCAGCGUUAUGGUUAACUUCCUCGGCCUGAGCCUUCUGAUUCUCUUCGUGCCGGCCUUGACCCAGGCGUUUUCUCCAUCCGACAGUGACGGCAAGAAUCUCAUGGGGCAUUCCAAUCUGCUGUUUUUCUUCACUGGACUGAACGCUUUGGCCUUUGUGCUUGUCUUCUUCCUCGUUCCGAGUCGCACGACGGGGGUUCCUCUCGAAGUCAUGAACCAUAUCUUCAGUCAAAAGACAUCCCAGCAUGCAUUUAGCCGUCUUCCGGGGUUUAUUAAGAGGAGAUAUGAGGAACCAGCAAGUGCCAGGCAACACCCGGGAGGACAGCACCAGGAUGAUGAGGGAGAUGAACUAGAGACAGUCAACAAUUCUGUUUGA